GAUAACACAACAGCCACCGCCACUGCUAUUGCACUGUCAGUUGUCAGUCUAUUUGAUUAUGCGUGCUCGUGAUUAGAUUGCUGUUCGCCCGGUUUUUGUAUCCUGUUGAAUUUCUUAUUUACUUGUUUCAUUUAAAGCACUCGUUGAACUUUAAGCCAAAAUUAGCUCACUUAAAAAUAUACACUUUUGGUCGUUCUACUCUGUCGACAUGUCUUAAAUCGUACGGGCGUUAACUUUCAAUAAAAAAGUGUACAUGCAUCAUAGCAAAUCAUUAUUUCUGUUCAAGACAAACCAGACAGUAGCUUUUAAGGUGCAGUUGCUGUUGGUUUAAAAGUGCAGUUGAGUUAUGGCUGAAAAAUGCGUCAAGACACCUUUGGCCACUCCUCGGCCUGUACCAAUGAAGCUGUUUGCUACUUGGGAAGUAGACCGUACACCUUCAAAUUGUGUUCCCAGUUUUAAACAUUGUUCCAGGGUUUGUUCCAUGAACCUGACGAAACUCGUCUUGACCAAACCGCUGGGCCAGGAGAUGUCGGCGUUGACCAUUGCGGUUAAAAUGCAAGGAUCAAAAAGAACUCUUCGUACCAAUGAAUUACCGUUGACCGCAAACGGUUUAUUGGAAAUCGAGCUACAACUGAAUUUUUGCCUACAGUACCCGCACUUUUUAAAAAGAGAUGUCAAUAAGCUCCACGUUAUGCUUCAACGGCGUAAAAAAUAUAAAAAUCGUACGAUACUAGGUUUUAAAACUCUAGCCGAAGGCGUUAUAAAUAUGUCACUUGUACUUCAAAGACCUCUUGAUCUCGAACUCGAACUUCUGGGUGAUCCCAAAGAUCCUAAAUCACUAGUCGGUCGCGUGUAUAUAGUAUGUUUAAAUAGUCAACCUGUAGACCACGAAGGCGUUACCAAAGCCGUCACUGGGAGAGGCAAUGAAUAUUCAGAUGAAGACGAAGAGUUUAGUAGUGGCGAAGAUGCUUCCGAUUCUGAUCCAACAUUAGAAGAAAGACGAAGAAAAAAAACGAUUAAUACUGGAAAUGCUAGACAAAGAAAUCUAAAACAAAAAUUCAUCGCUCUUUUGAAGCGUUUUAGAGUAAAUGAAGAUUUGCAUUCAUUAGAAAACGACCGCGAAACUAUUAGUCAAAAACUUUCAGGUGGUGACAUGGAUCCAGCUGACAUCGAAGAUCUCUUGGAAGAGUUGGAAGACCAGAGUGAUUCAGGGCCAGACCUAGACACGUUGUCAAUAUUGUCUACUCCUAAACCAUCACUUCGCCCUUUCUUUUCUAGUUCUCGUACUAACAUGAUUCAUGAAGGACUCUCAGGACGGCAUUCCCAUAAGAAAAGUCACACCACAAGUUUUCCGCCCUACAACAGAACCAAAGGUUUACCAUCUAUGGAACGUAAUAUUGAAAGAUUCAGUGAUGAAAGUUCAAAAAAAGCUGACUCAGAUUCUUAUUUGGAUACAUGGACAGAUAGUGAUCCUACACCAAUGAACUCUUCUCCUCCUAAAACUAUGAAUAUUGGUGAUGAAAAAAAAGAUGUUACACCAAAUACUGUGGAAAAAGAAAAAAAAUCAAGAAUUUUUACUCGAGACCGCACUUCUUCAUCAAAUAAAUUCAAAAGAUCACCCAUGCCUAAGCCUACUGUUAGUGAUAAUGAUCAUAAUCGUUCCGUUAAUACUAGUGGUUCUGGUAGUUCUUCUGGAUCAGCUGUACCAGAUAACAUAGGAUCAAUGGUUGAACCAAGAAAAGUUCUUAUGGAACAACUAUCUAAAGUAUUACCUCCUGAAGACAAAAUGCCAGAAGUUUUAUGCUUAAUACAUUAUUCUGAUCCUCUUGGUGGUCAAUUAGCUUCUAAAUUGCAAAAUUACAAUUUUAAAGUAAUAACUCCAGCAGGAUUGGCUGAUGUAAGAGCAGCUUUUAUGUGUAUUAUCAAUAAAAUACAAAAAUACUGUAAUUCAAAUCCAAAACCUCCAAGUCAGAUGAAAAUAUUGUUAGCUGGCUCUGAUAGUUUUGUUAACUAUGUACUACGACAAUAUGUUGAACAAUUAUCUUUUAAGCCUCCUGAUUGGAUUAAUUUUAUUAAAUUUUAUAUCAUACCCUUAGGAAUAAAUACUCUAUCAAGAUAUUUAGGUACAGUUGAUAGCUACUAUGGUUCUACAUUUCUUUUCAAAGAAGAUUAUUGGAAAGAACAACUUGAAUGUGGUGAUGGAUUGGAUAUCAUAAGUAAAAUAAAAAAUUAUUUAAUGGAAGCUUCAAACACUAUUCAAUUUCAAAUCGCUGAAGCUAUGCUUUCUUAUAAAGAAAAAAGUUCCGAUGAUGAAGCUUCACAAAUAUUUAUACCAUUUGUUAAUGAUGUAAGGAUUUGUAUGGGUGAAAUGUUAUUAUGCUCAAAUGAUGAUGAACAACCUCCUAGUAUCCUAGACCGUAAAUCUAUAAUUGAUAAAACUACACCACCCAACUCUCCAAAUAUUGGAAUGCAAUUCAUACCACCUCAUACUAAACAAGUCAAUUGGGAAACUUGUGAAUCUUUAGAAUUACAAGUUGAUUAUUGGUUGGUACCUAAUAGCAAUAAAGAAGUUCCAGCUCGAAAUAAUGAACCAACUAAUAAAAGAAUGGAUACAAAAUUUACACUCAAGAAUGGUUUUAAGAGUUUACAUAUUUCUAGAUUAUUUUUAAACAAUGAUGAAUCAUUAGCCUUUUUGACUGUGAGCUACAUAAAAGAAAAGAAACAAAAAAUUAUGCGAUUAGGAAAGAAAAAAGAAAAAGAAAAAGAUUUAGAACCAAAAAAUCAAGUGAUUGAUAGUGUAUUACGACUAAUUUGCUCACCAAAAACACAAAACUAUCCACUUACUAUAUCGAUUGAUGGUUAUGAAUGGAGUGGAGUAAAAUUUUUCCAAUUAUCAUCUCAGUGGCAAACUCAUAUCAAGUAUUUUCCUGUUGCGGUUUACUCAUUAGACUACCAACCAAGAAGUUUACCUCAUUUAAAUCACCCUAUUUAAUAAUUUUUAAUAUAUAGUAAAAUAUAUAUCUAAACAUUAUAAUGAUUAUGUUAAUAUCAAUACUAUUUCAAUAUUUUUUCCUACUAGUAUUGAAACAGAAAUUUAUGGACAUAAUGGAUCAUGUAUUUCUUUUUGAUUAUCAUUGUACCUAUAUAACACUGUCAAUAAAUUUAUUUUGGUUGUGUGUUUGAAUGAUUACCACAUGGUUAUAUGUAAUUUUAUUCUAACUUAAGUAUUGAUUAUUGUUGUAACUUAAACCACAAUUUUAUAUUAGUUUU